AUGGAGAGGGAAGAAGAUGUUAAGAUUGGAGCAAACAAAUUCUCAGAAAAGAAUGCAUUGGGCACAGGAGCUCAGAGUGAUAGUAAGGACUACAAGGAAGCACCGCCAGCACCAUUGUUUGAGCCAGGGGAGUUGAAGUCAUGGUCUUUUUAUAGAGCUGGAAUUGCUGAAUUUGUUGCAACUUUCUUGUUUCUAUACAUCACUGUGCUAACUGUCAUGGGUGUGAAUAGAUCAACCUCUAAGUGUGCCUCUGUUGGUAUACAAGGAAUUGCUUGGGCUUUUGGUGGUAUGAUAUUUGCACUUGUCUACUGCACUGCUGGAAUUUCAGGUGGACACAUAAAUCCAGCUGUGACAUUUGGUUUGUUUUUGGCUAGGAAACUGUCCUUGACAAGAGCAGUGUUUUACAUAAUAAUGCAGUGUCUUGGAGCUAUCUGUGGUGCUGGUGUGGUGAAGGGUUUUGAGGGUAAUGCUCGUUUUGAGUUGUUCAAAGGUGGAGCAAAUGUAGUGAAUCCUGGUUACACUAAGGGGGAUGGUCUUGGAGCUGAGAUUGUUGGUACUUUUGUUCUUGUUUACACUGUUUUCUCUGCCACUGAUGCCAAGAGAAAUGCUAGGGAUUCUCAUGUUCCGAUUUUGGCACCUCUUCCAAUUGGGUUUGCUGUGUUUCUGGUUCACUUGGCCACCAUUCCUAUAACUGGAACUGGUAUUAACCCUGCUAGGAGUCUUGGUGCUGCCAUAAUAUACAACAGAGACCAUGCUUGGGAUGACCAUUGGAUAUUCUGGGUUGGACCUUUUAUUGGAGCUGCACUUGCUGCACUAUAUCACCAGAUCGUGAUUCGAGCAAUUCCUUUCAAGACAAGGGGCUAA